AUGGUCAACGUUCCAAACAUCAAGCUUAACAGCGGCUUCGACAUGCCCCAGAUUGGCUUCGGCCUCUGGAAGGUCGAUGACAACUGCGCCGAGGUUGUCUACAACGCUAUCAAGGCUGGUUACCGUCUGCUCGAUGGUGCUUGCGACUACGGCAAUGAGAAGGCUUGUGGUGAGGGUGUCGCCCGCGCCAUCAAAGAGGGCAUCGUGAAGCGAGAGGACCUCUUCAUCGUCUCCAAGCUCUGGCAGACUUACCACGACAAGGAGAACGUCGAGCCUAUCACCCGCCGCCAGCUCGCCGACUGGCAGAUCGACUACUUUGAUCUUUUCCUCAUCCACUUCCCCGUCGCCCUCGAGUACGUCGACCCCGAGGUCCGCUACCCCCCUGGCUGGCACUACGAUGAUGCCGGCACUGAGAUCCGCUGGAGCAAGGCCACCAACCAGGAGACCUGGGAGGGCAUGGAGAACCUCGUUGAGAAGGGUCUCGCCAAGUCCAUUGGUAUCUCCAACUUCCAGGCUCAGGCCAUCUACGACUUGCUCAAGUACGCCAAGAUCCGCCCUGCUACCCUCCAGGUUGAGCUUCACCCCUACCACCAGCAGGCUGAACUUGUCAGUCUCGCCAAGGCUGAGGGUAUUGCUCUGACUGCCUACUCUUCUUUCGGCCCUACCGGCUUCAUUGAGCUCGACAUGGACAUUGCCAAGUCUGCCUCUCCUCUCAUGCAGCACGAGGUUUUCACCAGCCUCGGCAGCAAGUACAACAAGACUUCCGCCCAGGUCCUUCUCCGAUGGGCUACUCAGCAGGGUCUUGCUGUCAUCCCCAAGAGCACCACUCCCAAGUACAUGGAGCAGAACUUUGACUGCUUCGACUGGAGCAUUGAUGAGGAGGACAUGAAGCGCAUCUCCAAGAUGAACCUCAACCUCAAGUUCAACAAGCCCACCAACUAUUUCCCCAGUGACAAGCUCUGGAUCUUUGGUUAA